UGCACCGAUCUCUUGGUGUUCUGCUUCUUAUCGUCGCUUGAUCAAAAGCUUGGGUCUCGCUCAUUGCUUGAUCGCGUGCGUCCCUCUCUGGCACUCUCGCUUCCUGCAUUCUGCUUUGUGCAGCUACUCGCAAUCAUGCGAUUUCUCUCUUUCGUUGCCGCGAGCUGUGCGCUUGCAGACGUUGCUCUCGCAGGCGGAGAUGCAAGACAUGUACGCAAGAUAACUUCACCAAAUAUGGAACGGAGGAAACGGGCAGCACGCUCAGUGCCCAGGGAUGUGUCGACUUCGAAUUCUGCGGCGGAAACGACGUACAUCAUUCCACAAACGGCCCAGACCGACAAGUUCAAGGUCAAUGGCUCAGCGAUCCCGAACGUGGACUUUGAUAUUGGUGAAACGUACGCCGGACUGCUCCCUAUAUCACAGGACGAAGGUGCAGGAGAGCUGUAUUUCUGGUUCCAUCCUUCGGCCAACGAACAAGCGGACGACGAAAUCUUGAUCUGGCUGAACGGUGGACCGGGUUGCAGCAGUCUGGAAGGAUUGCUUCAAGAGAAUGGCAAGUUCAUCUGGCAGUAUGGAACGUACAAGCCGGUCGAAAAUCCAUACAACUGGGCGAACUUGACCAACAUCGUCUGGAUCGAGCAACCUGCAGGCACUGGGUUCAGUCCGAGAGGCAAUACGCCGAACGCUACGAACGAGGUCGAGGCUGCCGAGCAAUUUCUCGGCUUUUGGAAGAAUUUCGUCGACACAUUUCAGCUGCACAACCGCAAGGUCUUUCUUACUGGAGAGUCCUACGCUGGACAAUAUGUUCCCUACAUCGCGGACGCCAUGCACAACGCCACUAAUACGACGUAUUUCAAUGUCGAUUCGAUCAUGAUCUACGAUCCAUAUAUCACAUACGAUGUUGUGAUGAACGACAUUCCGGCCGUGCCAUUUGUAGACUACUGGGCUAAGCUGUUCAAUCUGAACAAUACCUUCAUGGACCAUCUCCAUGAGAAGUACGAGUCCUGCGGCUACAAAGAUUUCAUGGACCUGGCCAUGACGUUCCCACCCAACGGCACGCUUCCAACGCCACCCGACUACUUGGGACAGGAUGACAGCUGCAGACUAUUCAACGAGAUUUAUAGCGCCGCCAUCCUGGUAAACCCUUGCUGGGACAUGUACCAAGUUGCCACGACUUGUCCCCUUCUCUGGGACGUGCUCGGCUAUCCCGGUACAAUCGGCUAUCAGCCAGAGGGCGCAGACAUCUACUUCAACCGGACAGACGUGCAGAAGGUCAUCAAUGCUCCUUUGCAAGAGUGGCAGGAAUGUAUUGAUGGCGUACUGGAUGUCGACAACGACAGCCCUGCGUCGGGCCUGAGUGUGCUUCCGAGAGUGAUUGAGAAGAACAAACGAAGCAUCAUCGUCCACGCGGAGCUCGACUUUAAGUUGAUCUUGAACGGCACGAUCAUGGCAAUUCAGAACAUGACCUGGAAUGGCGCUCAGGGAUUUUCUAAGCCACCGUGUGACUGGGAGGACUUUUAUGUGCCAUACCAUGAGGAAUUGAAUCAAGGGUCGCUCGCCGGAGCUGGCAAUUUUGGAAAGUGGCACACUGAGCGAGGCCUGACCUUCUCUACAGUGGUACUUUCAGGACACAUGGUCCCCCAGUACGCUCCAUCUGCAGCGUAUAGACAGCUCGAGUUUCUGCUGGGCCGCAUUGAAGACCUCUCGGUGGUUUCGGAUUUUACGACUCAGACGGGUGAUUUUGGGAACAACGCUACGAUCGCGAUGUACUGA